AUGCAAAAGUUAGAAGUCGAUCUCCGGGCGCCUGAAGCCAGCGCGCUCCCCGCCUCCCUCCCCCAGAGUGGCUGCAAGAGAAGCAGCAGCAGGGCCAGGCGCUCGCCGCCGCUGACAAUUUCAGCUCGGGGACUGUCAAAACUCCGAGAGCCAGGCUCGGUGGCGCGCUCCACCCCUCGCGGCGCCUCCUCCUCUUCUCCCCCCCCCCCCCUCCACCAGCGCCCGCCUCCGCCCGCUCCUCCCGCCGCCGCCCGCCUCCAGCAAAUGAGGGUCAAACCCACCCACCGCCGCGCCCGGCCCCUCCCCGGCCCCCGCCGAGCCCCGCGAGCCAGCCGCGGGCCGCUGGAGGUGGCCGCCCGCCGCAGCCACGUUCCCUCCCAAGCUCUGCCGGGGGAAGAACUGGAACUGCCCCCAGACCUCUCGAGGGUCCCCACCAGCCCGGUCUCCAAGAAGAACCCUUUUCCACCCCCUUACCUGCUUCUCCCCUAUAUUGCAAUACUGCGAGAGGCGGCGGCGGCGGCGAAAUGCGAGCGGAGCCGCUCGGCUUCCAGGAGGGAGCCCCACGCUAAGUGGCAGGCGGCCCAGCGCAGAAGUGACAAGUCUCAGCCCGCGGGUCCUGGUCCUCAGCCCCCGGCUGCGCGCGAGCAGCUGCAGGCGCCCUCGGCCCGGCCCGUGCGGCGCAGCGGCAGCCACUGCUGCAAUCGCGGCUGCAAGUUUGGCAAUGUGGCUUCACUUUGUACGCGCCCCCGCCCCCGCCGCGCCCGCGCGCUCCUCCUCCUCCGCCGCCGCCUUCCUCCCGCCCGCCCGCUCCGGGCCGCCGGCGGCUCGGCCGAGCUCUUGCCCCCCCCUCCCGCGACCUGCGGCCCGGGAGCGGCGGUGAAAGCUCGGCCCCGCGGCCCGCGCGACGGCGCACGGAGUGGAGAGCUGCGGGCCGGCCGGGAGCGCUGCACCGAUCGGCUGCCCCGCUGCUGUUGCCCGGCUCGGAGGCGGCGGCGCGGGCCUCUAACCGGCUCGCUCGCUCCUUCGGCGGCGCUUACACAUGUGUUACUGACAGAGCAGAAUCCCAACUACUCCCCGGCUCUGCCGCCGACGUCAGCGACCCUCAGCCACUGGGCGGCCGGAUUGUUCAGGCGGAAUAAUAAAACCUGCCAAUCCGGGGAAGGACAAAGGGUCCUUCUGCCUGUGAUCUCAAAAGUACCUUCCUGAGAGAAGAACCCCGGGUCACUCUUUGAUUUCUGCUGAUCCUAAACAUACAAAAACGGCGAACAUAUGCAAGCUCUUGAAAGGCACUGAUGCCCUCUUUAAUAGAAUUGUUCAAACAAUUAUAAAAAAUAGCACCAAGAAAUAAUUCUGAUACCAAAUAAAAUGAA